AUGAUGAGCGUAUUGGAUGAGACUGUUCCGCAAUUCCGUUCGAUCUGGGUCGAAUUCAAAGGAGAUAUAGCUCGAUACAGAUGGGCCAUUUUUGAGGGUAGCACAAGCAAGCGCUGGAAGUACAUUGCCCAGGAGCAGUACACUCGAGCUUCGAAUGAUGAUCCUAGCGUCGGCCGCUUCUAUCACCACCUGGCUCUCCUACUGCGGCCCCAGUUCGCGCUCCAGCCUGAUGAACACUUCGAUGCCACAGUGCUCCAGCUCUUUUACUUUACCAAAUCCCUUGUCGUGGAAACUCCGUGUGCUACUGCACGGGACUCCUUGCUUACUACCGUGAUCGAUCCAAUUAUUGCCCGGACCAAGGAGGAAGCUGAGGAGCCGGCCAGCGUCCCUCCAAAUGAUAAGAACCACUUCCUUACCGCCGUCGCCAACCUGAUUCUUGCUUCUGUAGAGCCCGAGCUUCUCCGGUCACAUGGAUACGAAACCAGCGAAAAGGACCACCUUCAGGCUGUCUAUGUGGCACUUGCAAAGCUCGGUGGGCCAGCCUGCGCGGAACGGGCCCAGGGAUCCAGGAUUCGUCCAAGCGCCCAACUCGGUCUCCUGCUUUACCAACUGCUGCUGGGGAUCUCCUCUACCUCGGAAAGACGGAGCCCGAUGAUUGCAACGUGGGCGCCCGAUUUUGUAACACACGCGGACCGAGUUAAUCUUGACGCCAAUUUGAGAAAGGCCAGGGACAUUCAUGACGCAAUCAUCGAGCUGGUCCACAUUAUGGUCCCUUACCUCUUACAGGAGGCAGACACGCGCGAUAUCAGAGUGUGGGGAUUUAUUUAUGUAACCCUGGUCUUUAUGCGCUCCUUGAAGAUGCGUCCCGAUUUGCGUGAAUGGGUCGGCCAUGCGUUCCACGCUGAGAUGCUGGCGCCUUUCCUCAAUAUGCUUCUGCUUGAAGACGAGACUCGAGGCGAGCGUGCCUUACAGUGCUUGUAUCAGUCGGAGCUCCUCAACUUGUGCUCCCCACUCAACUCGAAAGAAUCAUCGGCCACAAUAGAAGAUGUUACGAAUAUUCACGCUGUACACGAGAGAUAUCAGGACGCUAGGCGGAUGUAUACCAUACCACUUCCGGAAGAUGAGCUGCUUCGGGGGCAUUUCUUUGCUAGAGAGGCUGACGCGACCUAUAACGAACCAUCGACAGGCGCCAACAAGGACAUUUUUCUUUACAGGAAUACGCGGGAAGAGUUCCUGCAUGAUCCCCCCCUUUUCCCCGCGGGCUGGUUCAAGAAUUCGAAAUAUGACUUCGACGAAAGACAGGUCCGCCAGGAUCAUGUGCAGGACGCCAUGACGUGUGACUCUCGGUCAAGACAGAUCUUGUGCCUGGCUGGACAGCUGACUGGUGUCUUCUUUGGCUUCCGCCCCGACGAGAAGGGACGCCAUUGGAUCAGUGUUCUUGGAGGCCCAGCCUCUAUGCCUCGCUCUCAUAUGCAGAUGCCAGAAAUAAUCAAGCACGGCGGUGGCGCUGGCGUCGUUUAUGUCCAUCUUUCGUUGCACAUUGCCGAAGUUGAGAAGGAGAGGAUCGCGAGGGAUUGGGAAGACAGGGCGAUCGAGAAGACCGUGACUCGGACGGACGUGGCUACAGCUGUCGACGAGAAAGUCGAGGGCAAUACGGAAGAGCAACCUGUGGCUUCUGAGGUGCAGAUAUUCAAGUCUGAGCCCGAGUCUAGGAUGACCGAGGUGAAGGCGACGCUUCUAGUGCAAGGCCCCGACAACUCGCAAGACCGCGGGGAAGACGCAGAUGCAGCCACGGCCACAGCCUUCCUCGAAGAUCAAGCGGCAACGAUGGCCCAAGCCGAGAAUCCAAAUGCAGCCCCGCGGACCCCUGAAGACCGAGUCCAGCUAAGCAAGAGCACGCUUGCCACGGUCCCGAAGUCGAACAAGCGCUGGUGUUCAGUGAGCGCUAAUGGUGUGGACGAGGAUGGCUGGACGCACAUCAGUGACGAAAGUCGCGAAGAAGACGCCCAAACGGCCAAGGUGACUGAGGGAUCUGCGACUGCCCGGUCUAUAUUUUGGCGGAGGAAAUGAACAAUCUAGGUUUUAAUCUUGCGGAGGUCUGAUUUGGUUGAGGGGCCUAUUGGAUUUCACUCAGAUACCCUAGGGUAGCUUAUAUUGAGCGGAUUAAGCAUAGAGGUAUUUCUAGGACAACAUCGCGG